CACAUACUACUAAAGUUAUAGUGAAUAGAGAAAGACAUAGAAUAUAGUAGGCAAGAAGUGAAAGUAUGGGAAGUCAGAAAAGGUAGUAAAGGGCAGUAUUGCCUUGAGAGGAAGCAAGGUUCUCAAAGUUCCUUUAAACACCAAGAACGAGCCAGGUGUGAGGAAUUAGCUUAAUUUGUAAACCAGAAACUCUACCAGAAGAAAUUUAAGUUCAUAAAAAUAUUACCAUGCCAAAACCCACAAUUUAGACAGAGUAUAGGGUAGGGUAGGGUAUAUAGACAUUCAAAAUUCUCCAUUGCUUAGUGCAUCAGGCACUCAAGGAACACCCUCACUGAAGUCUUUCUCUAUUGCUCAACCUACAGGUACCACCAUGCAUAAAGAGAUAGGGCAAUUGAACCCUACUUUUAUGGCCUCGUGGUUUUCCUUAAGAAGCAUUCGAUGCAGCAGAUUUCCUCCAUCUCAUCCCAUCUGGCUGUUUCCCCAUGGUCAACAGGAGUCCUCACCCUGGGAUCAUUCCGCAGUCCCCAUGGCUCCAGCUCCCAGCUUCCGUGGACACCAGUGGACUUACAACCCUGUCCGAGCAGGGUCCUGCCUGCUCCUGCUGCUGGUCAUGUCAAAUCUGCUCCUUUGCCGAGGCAACUUAUGCCCAUCCUGCGGUCCUAACGUGUUUGACAUCCCUAUAAAUUCCCUUAGAGUCCUGUUUACCCGUGCCUUCCUGCUGUCCCACUACAUCAACAGCCUUUCCGCUAUGAUGCUCCUUGAGUUUGAUGGAAAUUAUUCCCAAAGUAAUCCGGAGUUUAUCAAUGUCACUGAUUACUGCCACACCAAUCCCCUCCUUGCUCCUGAAGAAAGAGAAAAAGCACUACAGAUGAACAAUGAAGACCUUACUAAGUAUAUCCUCAUGUUACUGUACUCCUGGGAUAGUCCUCUGAAUCAUCUAGUCAAGGACCUGCGGCAUAUAAAAGAAGUCUCAAAUACUACCCUAUCAAGAGCCAGACAGACUGUGAAAAAAGUAAAAAGCCUUGAGCAACUCAUAGAGAGGCAAUUCAACCAGGUUAUUUAUCCAGUCAGGAAGAAGAUGUCGGAUGCUCGCAUUUACUGGACAGAACUUCCAUCCCUGACGUCAAGAUAUGAAAAUAUACGUCAUUAUGCAUUUUCUAUCCUGUUCCAAUGCCUGCACAGGGACACACUUAAAAUUGACAUUUACACCAAGAUCCUGGCAUGCCGAAGCUACAACAUAUGCUAAAUCCACCCAUCCCAUCCAGCUCUGAGAUGGUCCUAAUGAUCUAUCCCAUAGCAAGCUUCUUUGAAAUUUACAGCUUUUUAAUAAAUGCUCUGUGAAAUGGGUCUUCUCUUAAAAAAAUAAACACAGACUCUGUAGAGAUGUCAAA